GUGAGCGUUGCUGGGGCACGGAUGUGAGGCCGAGUCCUGUGUGGGGAGAGUGUGUGGGGGCUGAGCACUUGGAUUCAGCGCCCUCAUUUCUAGUAUGGAAGAAACUUACAUCGACUCCCUGGACCCUGAAAAGCUAUUACAGUGCCCCUACGAUAAAAACCACCAGAUCAGGGCCUGCAGGUUUCCUUAUCAUCUUAUCAAGUGCAGAAAGAAUCAUCCUGAUGUUGCAAACAAAUUGGCCACUUGUCCCUUCAAUGCUCGCCACCAGGUUCCUCGCACUGAAAUCAGUCGUCAUAUCACAAGCUGUGAUGACAGAAGUUGUAUUGAGCAAGAUGUUGUUAACCAAACCAGGAACCUUGGACAAGAGACCGUAGCUGAGAGCACUUGGGAGUGCCCUCCUUGUGAUGAAGACUGGGAUAAAGAUUUGUGGGAACAGACCAGUACCCCAUUUGUCUGGGGCACAGCCAACUACCGUGGCAACAACAGCCCUGCAAGCAACAUGGUUAUGGAACAUAAGAGUAACCUGGUUUCAGGCAUGAGAGUUCCCAAAUCUCUGCCGUAUGUUCUGCCUUGGAAAAAAAAUGGAAAUGCACAGUAACUGAAUAUCUAGCUCAACAAAUGCCAGACCCUAGAAGACUCUUGCUUCUUCCUGCUAUCAGUGGGUUAUUCGUUUUUCUUCUAAUCUAAUUAUAGAAUGAUAAACUGUGACUUUCAUACUGAAAAAGAACUUUUUUUUCCUCCCCACUUUGAUGCAAGGACCCUCAUAUUCAGAAUAACUUCCAAAUAAAUCGUCACUGUAGAUAGCUUGGUAGUUUGACUAAGUACUUGCAGCCACAAGAUUAGAAGUCACGUCUCAUUCCAUAUUAA